AUAACAGUUGGGGUAAUUAGCUGCAAUUUAAGUGGGAGAGGAGCGCGAUAGCAAAAAGCCAAUUUGGCUCUUAUUGUUUGCCCACUCGUCCAACACAAAUUGAACUUGUGAGGAAGAGAAAUAAUGGUUUGCAUAACAGGAUCUUCCUUCGACGAUUUCAUCAUAAUCAGUGGCUUGCUUCUUGUUCAAGCACUCUAUGGCUUCUACUCAAUCUUUCUCAACCGUAUCUUAGCUUUAGGAUUCAGCUCUCUCUUCUUGAUUUUUACAGGAAGCUUUGCAGGUGCUAUCUUCCUUCUUCCAUUUGCAAUUGCAUUCGAGAGAAAAAAAUGGCCGGCGAGGAUUACAGCUGCUAUUAUGGUUCAGUUUGGUUUGAUAGCCUUGGGAGGGGUCACUAUGUUUCAAGGUCUACUACUUCUGGGAAUCAAAAGAACAACUCCUGCCAUUGCCUCUGCAAUGCCAAAUCUUAUUCCCGGCUUUGUCUUCGUCAUUGCAGCAAUUCUUAGAUUUGAAAAAUUCUCUAUUUGGUGCAAAUAUAGUCAAGUCAAGGUCCUGGGAACAUUUGUGUGCUUGGGUGGUGCCAUAGCUAUGACCUUGCUACAGAACCCAACAGCAUCAAAGAUAUUAUUUUUUUUGGAUGACUCUGCUGAAGAAAAUAUUUAUAAGGAUUGGCUCAUGGGCUGCUUCUACCUCCUAGCCGCAAUCAUCACUGCUUCCUGCAUCAUGGUUUUGCAAGUUGGUAUUUGCAUACUGUUUUCUCUUCCUGCAUCAUCAAAUGUUUGUUUACAGGCAGCAACAAUGGUCAGCUUUCCGGCACCAUUCUCACUCUGUGUCAUAACAUCUUUGAUAGGUGCCAUCCUAACUGGAAUUCUGCAAAUACUCACUGAAGGAAAAUUAAAUGCCGGCUCUUCAAAUGUGGGCAUUUCAUUCAUAAUUCUCGCCGUUGUCGUGGUAAAUAUACAAUUAUUUCAUGGAACUCUUGUUUUCUCCCUAUUCUACACUAAACGAGUUGGAAGGCACCAAUUUUUAUUUCAUACAACAACAACAACAUCAAGCCUUUAUCCCACUACGUGGGGUCGGCUACAUGAAUCCAAUUCUUUAUUUCUGUUUUCCUUUUUUCAGGUAUCAGUGAUUAGCAGUACUUGUGUUGUUUAUCAAACCUGGUGUAUUAGAAAGAAGGGACCAGUUCUUGUUUCCAUCUUCAGCCCCAUUCAAACAGUUUGUGCAACAAGUCUCUCGAUGAUUUUGUUUGGGCAAUCCAUCAGUCUUGGAAGCUCAAUUGGAAUUCUUAUCAUGAUCAUAGGGCUUUAUUUGGUCCUAUGGGCAAAAAGAAGAGAAUGUCCUGAACCAAUUGAAGAGAACCAAAACUUGCCACAUGUUCCUCUUGAUAUAGAGAAACCUCUAUUGUCAUAGAAUUUUAUAUAAGUUAUAGUUUCUUUCUUAGUAUCAUCAUGUUUGUAAAGAAUUGUAGUUCCAGGUCUCUCUAGAAUUUGUGAUAUCUAAUGGUAGAGCUUUAUUUUAA